UGUGUAGGCUGCCCGUCCAGAGAGACAAAGGAACUCCACAGGUGGCAGUGACAAGUGUCCCCUGCGGCCAGGGUUUGUUGCGCUGCAUUCGCGGGUGAUCGACAAUAUGUCUCUUACGUUACGUCCUUACGUUCAAAAUUAACUCAGGAGUUAGCAAACAUCUGUCAACAACUCAAUUUUCGGUACAAUGUCUUGGUUCUUUCAUUUUGGUGUGACUGUGUCUGACCAGGUUUGACCACGGCGACCGUACCCAACUGUCGCCAUAUUGUGCUUUUGCUGUCUGCUAUUGUUGUCAAACUUUCGUCUCUUCCUGAUUCUGUUUUGAUUGAAAUUAAAAUGGCUCCAAACCAAAAUAAGCCGAAACCCGGUAGUCUGUGGUGCGGGUGCACCUAUGGUGACAAGGAGGCUGAAAACUUAGAGAUCUUGGACACCCUUGCGUCGGGGGCCGUUCCCCUUAUACCUGUUCAAGUGUCCCAUUACCGCUGCAAGGAUCUGCAUGGCUGGGCCAUGACAGCCUAUAUAAAACAAGGCUUCCCCUGCGCCACUGAUGAACAGGCUGUCCGUCCAUACGUUGCCUGCAAGGAUGACAACAGAGUGUACCAGUGGGCAGCUUUCAUGACACCUGCAUCUGCUGAGCUUCAAGGAGUGGGGACGCGGAAAGCCAUACCUUCAAUCAAAAUGGAUGGACUGAAGCUGAUCAACAGCAGGGCGGAGAAGGCUCAACUUCAAGCAGAAGGCUACACCGAAUUCAAAAGAAUUGGGCGGUACCUCUUCCUGAAACUUGAUGAACCGAGGCACUACCCAUUUAUCGUAUACUGGACCAAAUGCAGCAAAUGCGUGAGAAAGAAAAAAAGAGUCCACUUGGCGUUCUCUGUGACUGCACGAGCCUCAUGAUUCAUUCUCAAUCCAUACUGCCG